AUGAAAUGUAACCAAACAUUAUUGGCAUGCAACAACCUGCAAAGUAGUGAUCUGGAAAAAGCUAUGAAUAUGGUAGCGUCACGUUACUAUCAUUCUAAGGAAUCAAUCAGCCGACCAUUGAUACAGUUAAAGCAAUACAGUACAUCGCAAACUAACUAUUUCGUAUCAUCGGAUCCGAGCAUGAACAACGACAUGGAAAAUGAGAUAGAAAUUACUCGCUUAUAAAUUUUCAAUUCAUCCUUAAAUAUGCCCAUGAAGAAAACGAAUCAAAAUUGAGUGAUUUUCC